GUGUGCGCCCCUGCUGUCGGAUGUGCGCUGCUGUGUGUUUUCUCUCUCAUGGAGGAUUUUCAGGAACUAACAGGAAAGCAGGAGAAACUCUGAAACUUCGAGCGGUGCGGCUGACGCGCGCGGCCCGCGGCUUCUGAGCGGCUUUCGCAGCGGAUCCGGACCGCGUUUCGGAGGAUUUGUGUUCGGCGAUGGCCGGCGCGUGUCCCGCUCCGCCGCUCUGGUAUCACCGGGAUCUGAGUCGCGCGGCGGCGGAGGAGCUGCUGGCUCGAGCCGGGCGGGACGGGAGCUUCCUGCUGCGGGACAGCGAGAGCGUCAACGGCGCGUACGCCUUAUGCGUGCUGUUUCAGAAACAUGUUCACACAUACAGGAUCCUGCCUGAUGAGGAGAACUUCCUGGCGGUGCAGGUACAGAGUGUGUGUGUCGUGACGGCGUCGAACGGCCUGAGCACCAUCUCUCACGAGUAUCUGAAGAGCAGCUACGCUCUGGAUCUGGAGGCUGUCAAGCAGGGAGCAAACAGCCUUCCUCACCUCAACAAGACGCUGGUGGCGUCCUGCAAACGCCUGCAUGGGGAGGUGGAUAAAGUCCUGUGCGGUCUGGAGAUCCUGUCGAAGGUCUUUGAUCAGCAGAGCGCCUCUAUGGUGUCCAGAAUGAUCCAGCAGACCAUGUCUCAGGGUGGAGAUCAAGAGCUGGAGCAUCUGGUCACUAAACUGGCAAUCCUCAAAGAUCUGUUGUCAUCUAUAGAGAAGAAGGCUCUGAAGGCUCUCCAGGACAUGAGCUCAUCUACUCCGAACAUCUCACCACUGCUGUCCAUCAGACACAAAGCUAUUCCUGUGCAGACCUUCGAGGUGAAACUGGACGUGUAUCUGGCCGACCUGACGAAGAUCGGGAAGAGCCAGAAAUACUCGCUGAGUGUGGACGUGGAGGGAGGAAAACUGGUGGUGAUGAAGAAGAUGAAGGACGCGCAGGAAGACUGGAACACGUUCACACACGACAAGAUUCGGCAGCUGAUAAAGUCUCAGCGUGUUCAGAAUAAACUCGGAAUCGUCUUUGAGAAGGAAAAAGACAAAAGCCAGAGGAAAGAUUUCAUCUUUGCCAGUGCAAAAAAAAGGGAAGCAUUCUGCCAACUGCUGCAACUCAUGAAGAACAAACAUUCCAAUCAGGACGAGCCAGACAUGAUCUCCAUCUUCAUCGGAACAUGGAACAUGGGCGGUGUUCCUGCUCCGAAGUCGAUGGGAUCGUGGAUUUUAUCCCGAGGUUUGGGGAAGACUCUGGAUGAGAUGGCGGUGACGAUCCCUCAUGACAUCUAUGUGUUCGGGACGCAGGAGAACUCGGUGUGUGAUAAGGAGUGGGUGGAGACGCUCCGCUGCGCCCUCAAAGACUACACCGAGAUCGACUACAAACCCAUCGCAGUGCAGACGCUGUGGAACAUUAAGAUCGUGGUGUUAGUGAAGGCCGAACACGAGAACCGCAUCAGUCACGUGGGAAUGUCCAGUGUCAAAACGGGAAUUGUCUGUUUCCAAGGAAACAAAGGAGCAGUGGGCGUGUCCUUCAUGUUCAACGGAACGUCGUUUGGUUUCGUUAACUGUCACUUAACGUCUGGCAAUGAGAAAAUCCACAGACGGAACCAGAACUAUCUGGACAUCCUGCGUCAGCUGUCGCUGGGCGAUAAACAGCUGAACUCCUUCGACAUCUCGCUGAGAUUCACGCAUCUCUUCUGGUUCGGCGAUCUCAACUACCGGCUGGACAUGGACAUACAGGAAAUCCUCAACUACAUCAACAGGAAGGAGUUUGAGCCAUUGUUGAAGGUGGACCAGCUAAAUCUGGAGAGAGAGAAGAACAAGGUCUUCCUUCGCUUCGCGGAGGAGGAGAUCACCUAUCCGCCCACGUACCGUUAUGAGCGCGGCUCGCGAGACACGUACGUCUGGCAGAAGCAGAAGGCGACUGGGAGAAGUAAACAGGAUCCGUUCGAGGGCGACGCCACGACGUGCAAAAACAGCUUCAAUAACCCCGCCUACUACAUUCUAGAAGGCGUUCCCAACCAAUCCGCUGCUCUGGCCUCUGACAUGCUCCCUCCCUCCGCCCUCCCUCUGCUAGCCAAUAAAACAGCUCCUCCUGCAGGCGGUGUGGGGAAAAACAAGCCGCCCAGUGGAAGUUCUGCACCGGGUCGAAGGCAGACGUCUGGACGCCCGGUUCGGCCCAUCAGCGAGGAAGGGUCUUUGGAAGAUGAUGGGAACAUCGGGUCUUUAAAUCGUCCCCCGCCUGAUUUCCCUCCUCCUCCGCUGCCCAAAGGAGCUCUGGAAACGGCGGAAAACUCGUUCAGAAAACCGCAAAAACUCACCGACAUCAAGAUCCCGGCCCCGUCUGUGGUUCCGUCCAAUCCGCUGUCGUCGCCCAGCUUCGUACCGCCCUCUGGGGGAGGGGGCGGGGGCGUGGCCUUCAGUCUGGAAACUCCGCCCACGCUGAACCUGAGCUCCGCCCCUUUCCGGCGAGGAGGCGGGGCCUUGGGACUGGACGACCAGUCGUGUUCAGUGCUGCAGAUGGCCAAGACUCUGAGUGAAGUAGAGUAUCCGUCGGGGAGAGGCGUUUUGAAGAUGAGCGCUCCUCACAUCAGAGGCCUGACCUUCCCUCCGCGCUCCAUACAGGAGGAGAGCAUCGCAGAAGACCUGCCCGAGGAGGGUCUGUGGCAUGACGAGAGCAGCAGCAGCAGUCUGUCGGUGGAGUGCAGCGUCGGCGAAUGGCUCCAGAAGCUCGGUCUGCAGCAUUACGAGGAGGGACUGCUGCACAACGGCUGGGACGACCUGGAGUUCCUCUGUGACAUCACAGAGGAGGAUCUGGAGGAGGCGGGAAUUCAUGACCCCGCCCACAAGAAAAUACUGUUGGCCAGCUUAAAGCAACAGCAGCAGCAGAAAUGAGAUCCAGACCGGACUGAACGAGAGAAACUUUGCACUGGUAGAGAAAGUGGUUUUAAUUUAAUCCGAUGUAAUAAAGCUGGUCAUUUUAGUUCAUAAUAUUAUUUAAACAUGUCAAAAAGGAUGUGUCACUACAGCCCCACCCUCAACUUCCUGUCGUCUGCGUCGGGAGGAAGUGACGUCAUCGGAACAUUCCUCACCUUUGGUGACUGAAGUGUUAAUUACAAACAGUUUGUUUUUAUUGCAUGUUUUAUGACUUUAAAGGAAAGGGAAAAGCCAAAAUCAGCAGCUCACUGUGUUUGUACGUUUGCGUUUGUUUCUCUGCCUUCGUUUGUACGAAAUCAAUCAGUUUGUUGGACGCACACACACACUCUCUCUCACACACACACACACACACACACUCUCACACACACACACACAAUAUCU